UCCAAUAGCACAGAAAGAUAAGAUUAUGGAGUUUUCUGACUCAGUUUAGGAAGAGAGGAAUAAUUAUUCUUCCGACUGUUGGGGCUUGGCUCAAUGUCUGGAUUCUGGCAGGCAGUGGGACACUGGCUGGAGUCCUAUAUUUUUUGACUUUUUGAAUUUCCCUCGGAUGAUCUGCCACACGGAUUGUUUCCAGGUUUCAAUAGGCUAACACGGCGCAGUCGCCAUCGUUCGUGAUGACGUUUAUGUUGGGAAAUAGAAACUAAACCUGCUCAGCAAAGCGAAACUAUCUGGGUGUAUUGCGGUCGUUGUCCGCCUGUAAAUGGUGGCUAUUCUUUGCAUUUAUCUCGACUCAGCCAGCUUAUUUUUCUAAUUAGUUCUACAUCCUGACUGAAGAAAAUUCAGGUUCUUUGGACAAAAUGCUGGUUGUUUAGGCUAUGGAUGUGCAAAAUUAUGUUCCCAGACUGAAUGAACUUGCGCAGAAAUCCCGCUUGUCUCUGAGAUACGAGGACGUCUGUACAGAUGGACCAGACCAUUGUCGAAAAUUCACAAUCAGAGUUGUGCUGGAUGACAAGGUCUAUCCUGCUGGAGUUGGGGGCAACAAGAAAGAGGCUAAACAAAAUGCUGCAAAAAAUGCUCUACAAGCCAUCCAUGGUGAAUCUGACCAGCAGGAUGUCUCUAUGACCAGGGCAGCUGAAUGUCCCUCUCCACGCCCGAGCCUUGGGCCUAUCACACAGCCAAACUACGUGUGCUGGCUCAACGAGUACACCCUUAAAAUGAAGUGGACUUGCAGGCCUAUUGAAUCAACACAACUAGGCCCGCUCAACACUGCACAACGCUGCAGGUAUGUCGUUGACAGCAGGGAAUUCCCAGAAGCCUUUGGGAGCACAAAGAGAGAGGCCAAGGAGCUGGCAGCAAAAGCUGUGUAUGAGGAGCUAAUGAGAGAAUUAAACAAAGAGGGGGUAGACGAAAGCCAACCGGGAGAUACCACAGGACAAGCCACUGGACAAGAUGAAGCAUUGAGUCAGGGUUUGUCUGCUCUCUGCAGUUUGAAUAGGUCCUAUGCAGCUGAAACCCCGUCAAUGAAGCAUGAAACAAACUACAUAGGAAUUCUGAAUACGUACUGCCAGAAGACCAAACGUGUAUGUGACUACAAAUUGGUUGAAAAAAAAGGUCCCCCUCACAAUCCUGUAUUUGUGUAUAAAGUAGUGAUUGAUAAAAAGGAAUACCCUGAAAGCCAGGGGAAGAGUGCCAAGGAAGCAAAGCAAUUGGCUUCUCAGCUGGCUUGGGAAGCUCUUCAGGAGCAGUCUGACUGGGACAGCCAGGUGUCGGGCGGGUCGACAGUUUCAGAGGACGGCACACCGUCUCCUCCUUCUAGCGCACGUGAAUCUGAGGUUAAGACUGAAAUGAAUAACCAGGCCGAAAGCAGCAGUGGAGGCAUCGUCUUCCAAAGCUCUUCCACUGCUAACAGGCCUAAUAUGGCCUGCAGUUCAGCAGAUGUCAGACCAAAGAGAAAAUUGGCGCCUAGUUUUUCCAAUGCGCUAUCAAAGGAAAGUGGUGUGAAAAACAACAAUUUGAAAAAAGUACCAGAAAAGACCACUACAGACUCAUUGUUUUUAAGGGAGUAUGACCAAAUACAGUCAAUUGGAAAAGGAGGAUUUGGCCGUGUUUUCAAGGCAAGAAAAAUAAUUGAAGACAAAAAUGUUGCAGUGAAAAUUGUGAAGAGUACAAAGAAAGCCCUUCGAGAAGUCAACGCACUGUCAGACCUUCAGCAUCGCAACAUUGUGCGGUAUUACCACGCCUGGAUCGAAGACACGCGAUACCAGCAGGACCCUUCUGACUGCUCCAGCAGCACUUCUGACAGCGGUUCAACAGCAAAGUAUGUGUACAUCCAAAUGGAACUGUGUGAGGGAGGCACUCUGUGGGCGUGGAUCAAAGAGCGAAACGGCAACAGCGGCCAGGAAAUGAGGGACGAAAAGGCCCUGCACAUUCUCCAGCAGGUGGUGGAUGGGGUGCAGUACAUCCAUUCAAAGAAGCUCAUUCACAGAGACCUGAAGCCAUUGAACAUACUGUUUGUGAGUGACAAGACAGUGAAGAUCGGAGACUUUGGGCUUGUGACUUCGGCAGAGGGUGACAGCGAUGAAGCCAUGCUGGAGAGGACCAAAGGAAAAGGGACACGGUCCUAUAUGAGCCCUGAGCAGAUGAACCAGCAUAAAUAUGACAAAGAAGUGGAUAUUUUUGCUUUGGGAUUGAUUUACUUUGAACUUCUGUGGAGAAUGACGACAUAUAUCGAAAGAUCAAAAAUUUGGGAAGAUGUGAGAAGGCGAAAGUUUCCAACACAGUUCUGCAUGAAGCACAACACAGCGUAUAAACUGAUUGAGCGAAUGCUGUCAGAAAGACCAGAGGACAGACCAGACGCCAGAGAGAUUGCCUCAGAACUGGCUAAAUACUGCACUAGCAUUAAAGAAGAUCAGAAUGCACUUCAGGAACUGAAAACAGUUUGAGGUUACAGGAGGGAAAAACGAAAACACCUGUCAUGACGUGUGCCUUUAAACAUUGUGCUCCUUACACCAGGUUAUGCAUCUCUCUCUGUUAGCCUUGGAUACAAGCGGCUUUGCCACUGCAGUUUGAAAGAACACUGCUGAGAUGCUGUACCUUGACAUCCAUUCAGAAAAAAAAAACACGUCGGUGGACAAUGAAUCCAUGUAACGUCAUGAUAAAAUCAUGUGACCCCCUUCCUGUGCUGCUGUAAAUCAACUACUAUGCACCUGUCGUACCUGUAAUAGUAAUUGAUAAGCACUUGCACCUUUAAAUUCUUACACAUUAUGCACUUCUAGUUCUUUUUAUUUUAUUUUAACAACACAUAUUAAUUUUGGUAAAAGCAAAGUCCUUUUGAAGUGCAAUGCAGUAAAUGAAUGGAUGAAUAGAUCAGCCAUUCUAAUGCUGGGUGAAAUCUCUUCACCAAGUCUGCGUGCUUUAUAUAUUCAGUUGGGUGUGGAUGUGUCUGUCUCAUGAUCUCAGUUUUACUGAUAUCCAAUUUUAAUUAAGUGAUGUAAAAUCAUGUUUCAUUUUACAUUUCAUGAAUUGCUAUUUCAAUGUAGGAUACUACAUAACAUUGAAAUCAUUAUUAGUGUCUGGUGGGUGUUCUUACAGUGGUCAUAUGGGAUUAUUGCUUCCAAUAAUUAUUUUAGAGGUCAUAAGGGUCAUAUUCUUUUUUUCUGUGAUUAUUCUGUCAUGUCUCGUUAUGUCAAGGACACAUUAAGGUCUGACUGAAUGUUAUCUGCCAGAUGACAUUGUGAAUUGAUGCUCAGUUUGCCUGUAACAUUGCUGCUAAUUUUAAGCUACAUAAAAUUUAAUUAAAUGGGUUUUAAAUUUGU